AGCAUUUUUGUUCCCAAUUUCAAAGACUCACGUUUCAUUAUGCCGGCGAAUGCAAAGAGCACGGACUCUGCGGCCAAGGCGCCGACGCCGUCGCCCUCCCAGCGUGGUAGUUCAGCGCAAGCCUCUGGUCGCAAGAAAGAGGCCCGCAAGGUGCCGCACGCGACUUCAGGUGGAACAAGCGUGAGCAUGAGCAAGAAGGCGGCGGACGACCCACUGGGCGGCGGCGCGGGUCUGUCCAGCGGCGACCUGUUCGUUCGUAACCUGUCGGUUAUGAGCGUGGCGCACAUCGCGCGUGGCGUGGGCUUCGACGCCGUGCAGAAGUCGGCGGCGGACGCUCUCACGGAGAUUCUAGCCAAGUACAUCCAACGUAUUGGAGCGUCGGCCAAGGAGAUCGCAGAGCUGGCAGGACGCGCCCAACCCAAGGCCACAGAUGUCGUCCAAGCUUUCCAGGACCUGGAACCCGCUCCAGUGGAGAUUAAGGACCUGAUCAAGACUCUGGAGACAGCCAAGCGGCCGUUCCCGAGAGAUGUACCGGCAUUUCCAGCCAGGAAGAGAGAUAUCUCGGGCAAUACUAUUGAGCAGGCCAAGAUCGGACGACGAGAGGGACUGCCGCCUCAUGUGCCAAGCUUCCUACCACCUCUACCUAAUCGCCACACUUACAGCUCGGAGAGUCGACUGGUGGUGGAGAGAGAACAGGACACGAAGCGCCAGAGACUUGAACUGCUCAGUGAGAAGGCGCAAGUGCGACAGUCACUGCACGGACUGCAGACUGUGGCUGCCAAAAAACCGGCAGUUAUUGUGCACCAGCCGACGUGGAACGCUUUCCAAGGCUCUACAGGAGACAACGCCACGGAGAACCCGUUCGUCCAGGCUCCUAUUGUCAGUCCUGCUGCUAAGGUACUGUGCUGGGAUCUGUGACUCUGGUUCAGCUGUUGCUAACGUAGUUUUAUUGGUGUGAAUUAGACUAUCUUUUCCGGACCCGAUCGAGACUUUGUGCCGAAUGUUGAUAGAGAUAAGGCCCAGUCAAAGAACCAGCUGGAUAACAAUGUUACCAUCCCGAAGCUGUCUAGGUGCGUGAAUGUUGGCUUUGUUACCUAGAGUAUCUCCCCUUACGCUUGAUUCUAUGAUGACUACAGUCAAGAGCUAGGCAAAGAAGAGAAAAUUUUGACGGGUACAUUCCACGACGGUGACUCUGAGUAACAUUGAUAGCAAUCACGAAUGUUACAAUGUUACAUCUCAUUUCAUCACACAAAUCCAAAUCUUCCAUGUUAUUUGUAACAAAUUCCCUAUGUACAUGAGGAUCGACUACGUACCUACCAAGAUUAUAUG